AUGGAAAGGGAUCGAGUUGCUGGAUCUUGCAACUCCCCUCCCUAUUUUGACGGUAAUAACUACGCUGCAUGGAGAGAAAAAUUUGAGAUAUUUCUUGAUGCUCUUGAUGAGUAUGCAAGUGAGUAUCUCACAAAAGAGUGGGUUGCUCCGGUCAAGACUGUUUUUGGUGAGGAUGUGCCCAAACCUAGGUCAGAAUGGACUGAAGCUGAGGUGUUUGGUGCAUAUUCGAACAAGAAGGCCAGAAAUGCCUUAGUUACUGCUUUGUCUAGCACACAAUUUGCACAUAUACAACAUAUCCCUAAUGCUAAACAAGCUUGGGAUAAACUAAGGGUGGUUCAUGAAGGGGAUGACCAAGUUAGAACCCUAAAACUUCAGAUGGUGCUUGCACAAUUUGAAGAACUUAGGAUGUCUGAAACUGAGUCUAUUUCUGAGUUCCAUGGGAGAGUUGAGAUGAUCACAAAUGAAGCCAUGAGUUUAGGUCAACCCAUUGAAGAGCUUCUUGUUGUUCAGAAAAUUCUUCGUGUUCUACCAUCUAGGUUUAGAGCAAAGAAAACCGUAAUCAUGGAGGUCCAAAAUUUAAAUGAAAUUAAGCUUGGCAAGCUUGUAGGAAAACUGAAAACCUAUGAGAUGGAAUUGAAUAUGGAAGAAAAUGACUCCAAAAAAUCAAAAAAUGUUGCACUUCAAGGAGUGCAUGUUUCCUCUAUGAAAGUUGGUGAAAAAUCCUCAGGUUUUGAGGAUGAGAUGGCUUUGUUUGUCAAAAAAUUUAGGAGAAUUCUUAAGGAAAACGGAAAGUUUGCUAGAGAGGGCAGCUCUGGUAGUGAGAAACUGUUUAGACCAUCAACUGAUCGGUCUAAUGAGAGGAAUAAGGAUGUCAAACCUUUCACGAAAGAUUUCAGAAAAUCUGUCAAGUGCUUCACAUGUGGAGGCAUUGGACACUAUGCUGCUGACUGUGCAAACAAUCAGAAAAAAUACUCCAAAGGAAAGGACAAGGCCAUGAAACCCAUGUCUGAUGAAUCUGAUUCCGAGUCAGAUGACCUGUCAUACGAGUCAUUAGGAAGAAAAUAUGAUUGUUUGUUUAAAGAGACCUUGUGUUUGAAAGAAGAGAGCCUCAAACUUGAGGUUAAUAACCAAGAUCUUCAACAUGAAAUUCUCAUCCUAAAAGAAACCAAAAAGGAGUUAAGUGACAAAUUUGAGUCUCUAGAAAAAGAAAGUGAUGCUCUUGUGUCAAUUAGGAGUAACCUUGAGAAUCAAGUUAAUGUGCUCAAGGAAAGUAACAUUGGUUUCCAGAACUCAAACAAACAGCUCCUAGGUGAAUUGAAUGAAGCAAAUAGGAAGAUUAUAUCUAUGACCAUUGGUGCUUCAAAAAUUGACAAAAUGUUGAAUAUGGGAAAAGUUCAUGGGGACAAAGGUGGCCUUGGAUUUAAUCACUUUGGUUCUAGUUCGUCUAGCUUUACCACUAAUUUUGUCAAAUCAGAAACUCCAGUCACUGUACCUCUUGAUAUUCAGCAGGUUGUCAAGAAACCUAAGUUUGUUCCAACUUGUCACAGGUGUGGGUUGACUGGUCAUAUUCGACCAGUCUGUCAUAUGUUUAGCAAAGAUAAGACCAGAAAAUUGUCUUCAAAAUCUAAAAGGAAUCCCAGAUCUUUGCAAGAUCAAGUUGAUCAUUUGAUGAAUGAAGUUACUAAGAUAGCCAAACUUGUCUCCCUCAAAAUGAGUUCUCCCAUUGUGCCUAAGUCUUCUUGGAUUGCAAGAGGUCAUACCAAAUCUCUUGUUGUGCUAAAUGCCUUUGCUGCUUCAAACACCAACUCUUGGUAUUUUGAUAGUGGUUGUUCCAAACAUAUGUCUGGGGAUAAAAAUGUUUUCUCAUCUCUCACCGCCUUUGAUAGAGGCACUGUGACUUUUGGUGGAGGUCAUAGGUCUCAAGUUGUUGGAAAAGGUACUGUUUGUAUCCCUGGUCUGCCCGAGCUUAAGAAUGUUAGAUUUGUUGAGGGUCUCACAUCCAAUCUCAUUAGUGUGAGUCAGCUGUGUGACGAUGGAAUAGUAGAGGUUAUAUUCUCCAAGCAUGGCUGCAAAAUCAUUGGAAAAGGUGACAAUGAGAUUGUUAGCGUGGCAAGGUCUAGGGACAAUUGCUACUGUAUUGAUGGUGUCAAUGAUGCAAAAGAAGUAGUUUGCAACAAGGUUGUAAAUGAAACAAGUGUUUUGUGGCAUCAAAGGCUUGGACAUGUGAAUUUUAGAGACUUGCAUAAAUUGUCCAAGAGAGAGUUAGUAAGUGGUCUACCAAAGCUUGAACAAUCUGAUCUGCAUGUUUAUGAAGGAUGUCAAUUAGGCAAACAAGUUAAAGUGUCACACAAAAAGGUUAAACACAUUCAAACUAAUGUUAGUCUAGAACUUGUUCACAUGGAUCUUGUUGGUCCUAUCCAAACCAUGUCCCUUGGUGGAAAGAAAUAUAUUCUUGUCAUGGUUGAUGAUUUCUCUAGAGAAGAUGACUACCUCUUGUUAGAAUUAGUUAGAACAGAUCAUGGCUCUGAAUUUGAGAAUUCUCAGUUUUUGAAAUUUUGUGAAGAAAUGGGAAUUAAACAUGAGUUCUCUGCACCUAUUACACCUCAGCAAAAUGGUGUUGUGGAGAGAAAGAAUAGGGUGCUUGUAGAAAUGGCAAGGGUGAUGCUAAAUAGCAAAAAUCUUGCUAAACACUUUUGGGCUGAAGCUGUCAAUACAGCUUGUUACAUCUCAAACAGGGUAUUUGUGAGGUCUGGUACCAAACAAACUCCCUAUGAGAUUUGGAAAGGAAAGAAGCCUAAUGUGUCAUAUUUUAGGGUCUUUGGUAGCACAUGCUAUAUUUUGAGAGAUAGGGAGCAUCUUGCUAAGUUUGAUUCUAAGUGUGAUAAGGGAAUAUUUCUAGGGUAUUCCACCUCAAGCCGAGCCUAUAGAGUGUACAACUGUAGGUCCAGAACCAUCAUUGAAUCCAUAAACGUCACUAUUGAUGAUUUUGCUGCCUCUACAGAGAUGGUAUUGGCUGAGGAUGGUCUUUUUCCUCCUCCUCCUCUUGAGCAAGAAUUUCCAGGUCUGGAUCUUGUGGUUGACCUGUCAACUUUUGGAAAUUCUGUCCCGGUUGACCUGUCAACCUCUUCAACUUCUAGUUCCAUCUCAUCUGUCCAGGCUGCCAGCUCUCAUACUGAUCUUAGUCCUCUCACUCAAACUGAGAGUGUCAUUAUUAGCCCUCUUAAUCAGGGAGUGAGAACUAGGAAGCAACUUGCUCAAGAAAUUAGCCAUGUGUGUUAUGUCUCCAAGGAAGAGCCUAGAAAUGUGAAAGAAGCCCUACACCAUGGUGAAUGGUUUCUUGCAAUGCAGGAAGAAUUAAAUCAAUUUGUGAGAAAUGAUGUUUGGUACCUUGUUCCUAGACCAGUCAACACUAAUGUCAUAGGCACUAAGUGGAUUUUCAAAAAUAAAACCGAUGAGCAAGGUAAUGUGGUAAGAAACAAGGCUAGAUUGGUUGCUCAAGGAUACACUCAAAUGGAAGGCAUUGACUUUGAUGAAACUUUUGCCCCUGUUGCAAGAUUAGAAUCAGUUAGAUUGCUUCUUGCCAUUGCUUGUCAUUUGAAAUUCAAACUUUAUCAAAUGGAUGUCAAAACUGCUUUCUUGAAUGGUGUCCUAAAUGAAGAGGUAUAUGUUGAGCAACCAAAGGGUUUUGAAGAUCCACAUCAUCCAAAUGAUGUGUUUCUGUUAAAAAAGGCUCUCUAUGAUUUGAAACAAGCUCCUAGAGCAUGGUAUGAGAGGUUAUCCUCUCAUCUUCUAGGAAAUAGGUUUAAAAAGGAUGUCUUGAUUGCUCAAGUGUAUGUUGAUGAUAUUGUGGUUGGUUCUACCUCUGAUUUGCAUGUUCAAGAUUUUAUUCAUGUCAUGACUAGUGAAUUUGAAAUGAGUCUUGUAGGUGAGCUUAACUAUUUCUUAGGUCUUCAAAUUAAACAAAGCCAUGAUGGGAUCUUUGUAUCUCAAUCUAAAUAUGCAAAAAAUCUUGUGACAAAAUUUGGUUUGGAGGGAGCAAAAUCUGCAAGAACUCCAAUGAGCACUAGUGCUAAGAUUCAUAGAGACUUGCAUGGCAAAAGUGUGGAUCAAACUCUCUAUAGAAGCACGAUAAGAAGUCUUCUCUACUUGACUGCUAGUAGACAUGACAUUUCUUUUAGUGUUGGUGUGUGUGCUAGGUUUCAAAGUGACCCAAAAGAGUCUCACUUGUUUGCUGUUAAGAGAAUCAUAAAAUAUGUGAGUGGGACUAUUGAGUUUGGGUUGUGGUAUACCUAUGACACUUGUGUCAAUCUUGUUGGGUAUAGUGAUGCCGAUUGGGCAGUUGUUAGUCUCUUCGCCCCUUCUUCCAUUUUGUUUUCUCUUCGAAAUUCAUUCCCGCUGCUAGCCAUGUCUUCCUCAAAGCCUCUCCUCACUUACCACCGUCAUUCCAAAUCCAAAUCCACUGAAAGAGUGGAUUUCAUUCCCUCAAUUCCUAGGGCUCCUAGAACCCGUCCCUCUUCCUCUGUUCAUGUUGGAGAUUCCUCUCCAUUUGUGUCUUCUGAGGCUGCCUCCUUCUUUGAUGAAGUUGUCUCCAAAAGGAAAUUUGUUCUUGAGAGGUCUUACCAGUUUGAUGCUGUUCCUUUGGCGGCUCAGGAGUUUGCAAAUCAAAUUUUGGAGCACUACCACCUUCAUGCCCUAAACUCUCUCUCUGGUAAGUUUAAUGCCUCUGUAAUUCAGGAGUUUUACUCUAACUUUCUUGCUGAUCCUAAGGAGUCAAAGUUUCAGAUAAUUGUUAGGUCCGUCCCCAUUACUCUGAGACCAUCUGUUAUCAAUCGGGUCUUAGGUUUUCGAUCGUGCCCUGGUUUUGAUUAUGCGAAAUUUGCUCUUGCUUCUGCUGAUUAUUCUAUUGAUCUUUUUAAAUCUAUGGCAUACACUGAUCAAUCCAUGCCUUUGACUUCUAAAGGUCUGCCUAUCAAGUCUUACCUCUCACCUUUUUAUAAAUUUUUGUGGGACUUUAUCCGUCAUAAUGUUCUCCCCACUAGGAACAAUUCUAAUCCCACUCUUGCUGCCUGUCAACUCAUGAUUUCCGUGGUGAAUCAUGAUAAAAUUCCCCUUGGUGAUAUUCUUUAUCAUGCCAUUCUUGGCAAAACCAUAGGACAUGGUACCAAGCACAAGGGGACUCUUGUUUUCCCUUGUCUGAUCCAGCGUCUCUAUGAGAGAAAUGGGGUGGUAUUUCAUGAGUCUGAUCAGUGGCAUCCUCCCACUGCUCCAUCUCAGCUGGCUGCCAAGGAGGAGUAUAUUCAGCAUCUUUUGAGCCUCAUUCCGUCCUCUUCGACUCCUGCCACCGCUGCUGCUACUGAUGUACAUCCUCCGACGUCUCCUGUAGCUGAGAACUCUGAUGACUCUGUGGAUUCUGGUGGUUCUUUGGUUUUUUAG